CCGCCGCCACCGGGCGCGUCGAACGCCGCUCCUCGCCCUUCCACGGCCUCCUCGGGUCCUUUGGUCCCCGGACCCGGGCCCCGCGUCCGCUCCCUUCCCCCGCCCCGCAUCCUCCCAGCCUCUCAUUCAUUCCGUCCGCUCCUUCCUCUCUCCUCCUUCCCGCUUCCCCAGAGCCUCCCCGUGCGGCCCCGCUGCAGUCUCGGGGUGGUGGUGUUUUUUUAGCACAUUCAUGGAAGUUUAGGGCCUGGACGGUGCCACCAAGUCCGGCCUGAGAGCGCAGCCCGAGCUGCCGGCCGGGAAGAGGAAGAUGUCUGUGCUUAAGCGGAUGAUGCGGGUCUCCAAUCGCUCGCUCCUCGCCUUCAUCUUCUUCUUCUCCCUGUCCUCGUCUUGCCUCUACUUCAUCUAUGUGGCUCCGGGCAUCGCCAACACAUAUCUCUUUAUGGUACAAGCUCGAGGAAUAAUGUUAAGAGAAAAUGUGAAAACAAUAGGACAUAUGAUCAGGCUGUACACAAAUAAAAACACUACACUCAACGGUACAGAUUAUCCUGAAGGCAAUAAUUCAAGUGAUUAUCUUGUUCAAACAACAACAUAUCUUCCGGAAAACUUCACAUAUUCACCAUACCUCCCCUGCCCAGAAAAACUGCCUUACAUGCGGGGAUUCCUCAAUGUCAAUGUAAGUGAAGUCAGUUUUGAUGAAAUUCAUCAGCUCUUCUCCAAGGAUUUAGAUAUUGAGCCAGGAGGUCACUGGAGGCCUAAAGACUGUAAACCCAGGUGGAAGGUGGCAGUCCUCAUUCCUUUCCGCAAUCGCCAUGAACAUCUUCCAAUUUUUUUCUUGCAUCUGAUCCCGAUGCUCCAAAAACAGCGGCUGGAAUUUGCCUUUUACGUCAUUGAACAGACUGGCACACAGCCUUUUAACCGAGCAAUGCUCUUCAACGUGGGCUUCAAAGAGGCCAUGAAAGACGGCGUCUGGGACUGUGUCAUCUUCCACGAUGUGGAUCAUCUACCUGAAAAUGACCGAAACUAUUAUGGAUGUGGAGAAAUGCCACGUCACUUUGCAGCCAAGCUGGAUAAAUACAUGUAUAUUCUUCCUUAUAAGGAGUUUUUUGGUGGUGUAAGUGGACUGACAGUGGAACAGUUCAGAAAGAUCAAUGGUUUUCCUAACGCCUUCUGGGGCUGGGGAGGGGAAGAUGAUGACCUUUGGAAUAGGGUUCACUAUGCUGGAUAUAAUGUAACAAGACCAGAGGGGGACCUGGGAAAAUACAAAUCUAUUCCUCAUCACCAUCGAGGCGAAGUCCAGUUCUUAGGACGGUAUAAAUUACUCAGAUACUCAAAAGAGCGCCAGUACAUCGAUGGGUUGAACAAUUUAGUAUACACGCCAAAAAUACUGGUUGAUAGGUUGUAUACAAAUAUAUCUGUAAACCUCAUGCCAGAGUUAGCUCCAAUCGAAGACUAUUAAAGGAAGUAGCUCUCCUGGCGAGACCGCAAUGCUGGAUCGGAAACUGGGAGUGCGCCCCUAGUGGAGGUCAGUGAAUGGAUGCGUCACAGCGCUCUGCGUGGUGAGAAGAGCCUGCGUUCUCAGUGGUUAUUUGUGGGAUUGUACACAGUCAGCCUUCUUCCACCCACCCAUCUUUUACGGAGACACACCCCCUGGCGAGCACUGCAGAGACCAGAUGCAGUUAAGUCUGGCAGUUACAGGAGCUCCCUACAAAGAGAAAAUUUUUAUACUAAAGUCUAUAAUUUAAUUCAAGAGAAUGCUUUAUUUCCAUUUAAACAUAUUUUGUACAUAUGUGGUGUAAAUUAAUGUGUUCACAUUGUUGAAAAAUAAGAUGUGUUACAGUUUUGCAUGUAACAGGUGAUGCCUUUAUGGGACUUUUAUAAACAUUUUUUAUUUGCAUGGAAUAAAACCCUGUAAAUUUAUGUCGCUAAACAAAGGUUAACCUUGUGUGAAAUGAAGGAACUGUCAAUAAUUGACAGCCAACUAAUACAGUACACUGUUAUACUAGUUUUGAGCUUUAGCCCUUCAGCUUUUUGUGUGGAAGAAGUCACAGCUUCCGUAGCGUUUUUAAGGAUAAGAAGAAAGGACUUAAAUAGCUUUUCUUCCUACCAGGAUUACCUUUUUUUUCCAUUGCUUGCAAUCUCAUCAGAUUUUGCUAAAUCACAACCGUAUUAUUUAUGCAUAUUGCAUGAGUCUUACUGAGAAAAUCUUAAAAGUUGUGAUGUGACAUGAUGUAAAGGACCUCUUUGUUAAACGUCUCUCAUGUACCUCUGGUGUGUGUGUCAGGGAUUUUGUGCCUCAAAAAAUGUUCCCAAGGUUGCGUGUGGUUGUGCACUGUAUUUUUUUAAUUCGCAGUGAAUAGCACUUUUAUUAUUUCCAGUUCAGAAGAGCCAAAAAAAAA